GCGGCGUCAACAACGCCCUCACCACUCACUUCCUCCCGCCUCCCUUGGAACUUUCGCCAACUCCUCCUCCGGCUUCGUAUGCUCUUUCUCCGGCGUCUUCUGCUGGAACGAUCAACAGAACCGUGUCAUCUCUCUUUCCCUCUCCUCCAUGUCCCUUUCCGGCACUCUCCCCUCCGAUCUCCGCUUCUGCACCUCCCUCCAAACCCUAGAUCUCUCCUCCAACUCCAUCUCCGGUGGUCUCCCCUCUUCCCUUUGUAACUGGCUUCCUUACUUGGUCUCCCUUGAUCUCUCCUCCAACCAACUCUCCGGCCCUCUCCCCGCCGAGCUCUCCAAUUGCCGCUUCCUCAACGCCCUAAUCCUCGACCACAACAGCUUCUCCGGCUCUAUCCCCGCCUCCAUCGCCCGCCUUGACCGCCUCAAACGUCUUGACCUCUCCGAUAACCAGCUCUCCGGUGCUAUCCCUCCAUCUCUCCCCGUCUCCGACCCCUCCGCCUUCGCCAACAACCCUUCUCUCUGCGGCCACCCUCUCCACUCCUGCCACAGCUCCCUCACACGCACCAGCCUCAUCAUCAUCAUCGCUUCCGGCGUCUUCGGCGCCGCUGCGUCCCUUCUCCUUGCCUUCCUCAUCUGGCGCUGGCGCUCAAAGAAACACCUUGCUGGCGCCGCCGGCGAGGACGGCCUCCGCUGGGCAGACCGUCUCCGCUCAUCCCAACACCGGCUCACUGAGGUAUCGCUUUUCCACAAACCCAUCGUCAAGGUCAAGCUCGCGGAUCUCAUGGCAGCCACCAAUGGCUUUCACCCCAACCACAUCAUCACCGCUGGCAGCUCCCGCAACGGCACUGCCUACAAAGCCGUGCUCCGUGAUGGCUCUGCCCUCACAGUGAAACGUCUCCAUGGAUGUGAUCUCCUUGAAAAGCCAUUCCGUGCCGAGAUGAACCGGCUCGGCCAACUCCGCCACCCGAACCUCGUCCCUCUUCUCGGCUUCUGCCUCGUCGAAGACGAGAGGCUUCUCAUCUACAAAAACAUGCCCCAUGGUUCCAUUUCUGACCUCCAAUUCGAACUCGAUUGGCCGACAAGGCUCAAGAUCGGAGUCGGGGCUGCCCGGGGAAUCGCUUGGCUUCACCAUGGCUUCCAAACACCAUACAUUCAUCAAAGCAUUAGCUCCAGCGCUGUCCUCCUCGAUGAAGAGUACGGUGCCCGGUUCACCGAUAUUGGUAUUCUCCGGCUGCUGACUAAAACCAGUGAAGCCGGAGAGCAGGGCUACAUUACGCCGGAAUUGGCCAUUAGUACUACUGUUCCAUUGGUUGCUACUACUAAGAGUGAUGUGUAUGCAUUUGGAGUGGUUCUCUUGGAGUUGGUAACAGGGCAAAAGGCAAUGGAGAUCAGUGAGUGUGAUUACAAUGGAGAUGUGUUCAAAGGGAGCUUGGUUGAUUGGGUUUGUUUGUUGUCAGCUUCUGGAAGGAUUGGUGAUGUUGUUGAUGUGUGUAUUAGAGGUAAAGGGUAUGAUGGUAAGAUCAUGCAGUUCUUGGAUGUUGCUCGCCAGUGUGUUGCUGCUAGGCCUCAGGAUAGGCCUUUAAUGUAUAAGGUUUAUGAAUCAUUGAAAGCCAUUGAAGGUGAUGAUGAAGAGGAUGAGCUUGAUGAGUUUCCUCUGAGUUUUGGUAAGGAUGUUGUUUAGUGUUUCUUGCAUAUUUGUUUAGCUCUAAUGGGAAUAGACUAAGAGACUUGUUAUUGGUAAUGUAAUUAGUUAUACUGUAUGUACUACUACUACUACUACUACUAUGUAGUUCAUGAGAGUAUGCUUGGUUUGGUGAUUUAUAUAGUUCAAUAAAGAGGGGUUAAAUUAGACA